CCAUAAAGCUCAAAACCUCCACUCAAAAAAGUUCAACCAGAUGAAAACUAGUUGAAAAGCGACAUCACUGGCCUGAAUAUUGUCACUCAAAAUUGACAGUGACGUUUCGGUUUUGUGUUUUUGUGUUGGUUUGCAGAUGCUUUGUCAUUUAAGUGCUGUGUUUAAUAAGUGACGAAGCUAAUAAGUAUUAUUUCCCCACAUAAGUCGCGGCUGAUCGCACUGCGCUCAGAAUGCGUUUCAUAUUUAUCCUGCUGAUUUUCUCGCCGUUUUUCGCGACAAACAGUGAACCCACAAAAACUUUGUACGGGAACUUGGACACUGCGGGAGGACGCACUUUCAACUUUUUUCUCGAUGAGGAGCCCAACGAGGACACUGGAGGACGUUAUCGGCGUGCCUCCAACCCAGAGAUGCCGGUUGUUGACGAUUUGGUGGAUACCAAGAUAAAUCAUCUGAAUGACAGUCAUAAGCAAUUGAUGGUUCAUUGGGUGGGUGAUAAAAGCAAAGUGAUCAUUUGCCUGGCUAGAGACCCUCUGGUCACCCAGUUUGACCCGAAACUAACUAAACCAUCCGCGGUGUUCAUUUCCUUUGACGAUGGAGACUCUUAUGCGGACAAGAGUGACCAGUUCAAGCUGCCCAAUGGGCGCUACGCGCUCUUGGACAAGUUUUACAAUCAUCCCACCCUGAAUUCUCAAUUUGUCUUCACUGAUAUCGUCAACAACUUGCUUUUCAUCACCACGGACUAUGGCAAGACGUUCCAGAGGAUCGAACUGAAGUUCACGCCUAGUGAGGUGUCUUUCCACGACUUGCAACCGUCCAUGUUCCUGAUUUUGGACAAAAACGACACCCAACAACGACUCUGGAUCACUGAGGAUUUGGGUGCGUCCUUUCGGCUGGCCCACGAGUUUGUCAAGGCAAUGUACUGGAUCAAAAGCGGAGACAAUGCGCAACUUUUACUCCAUCGAAAUGAGCCCAACGGCCGCGGCAGCAUCAUCUACUCGAACAAUCUGUUCAAAAAUCGCGUGAGCGAAGUCUAUGCCACCAAUAUUCAGGAUUUCUUCUUGAAAGGCGACUAUUUGUUUACGACGAAAAACGGAUCAUCGGGUUUGGAACUAUACGUGUCUCAUUUGCUCAGCAAACAGCUGCUGUGUAUGUUCGACACUGCGCUCAAUAUCAGCAACUUUUUCGUGGCUGAUGUGACUGGAAGCAGAGCCCUUGUGGCGGCCAGUCAUUCCCCAACCAGUUCCAACUUGUACGUUUCGGACAAUUUGGGAGGCACGGAAGGAAAAGUCCGCUUCACGCUCUCCAUUAAGGACGUGUUCGCUUUCUUUCCCAAUACCACAUGGAAAGGCACUUUGGUUGACCAUGUGUCAGACGAGCCGUUUGCCGACGUUUACAAAGUGGAGGGCAUGACCGGGAUCUACAUCGCGUCCAAAGUGGUUUCGAAGCCAACCAACGGCAACAACCAAUUAGGGCCGCAUCAUUUGGGCUCUGUAAUCACGUAUGAUCAUGGUGCGACUUGGAGGCUGGUUCAACCGCCGGCAAAUGACGUGGAAGGACAAGACACGGGUUGCCUGCCCUCCAAGAACUGCUCGUUGCAUCUGAGCCAGAAGUUCAGCCAGAUCUAUCCUGAGAGCCGCUCAGUGCCGAUUCAGUCGAGCAAGUCCGCUCCAGGCACCAUAAUUGCGACUGGCGUGCUCGGGCAGAACCUUAAAGGCCAUUACGGCGUUUACAUUAGCGUGGAUGGGGGCUUGAGCUGGCGUCAAACUCUUCGGGAGCUGUACUUCUUCAACAUGGGAGACCAUGGAGGAGUAUUGUCCGCUGUCAAGUACUACAAAUCAAAUGGGGAGACGCGGCACAUUCUCUACUCGACUGACGAGGGAGAGAACUGGAACCAAACCCAGUUCCACAACGAGGAGAUCCGGCUGUAUGGGCUGAUGACUGAACCGGGCGAAAACACGACGGUGUUUACCAUGUUCGGAUCGUUGCCGAAGGAGCACAGCUGGAUCAUUGUGAAGGUGAACUUGACGAAGGUUUUUCCCAGAGUGUGCACGGACAAGGAUUACAAAAUGUGGACGCCGAGCAAGAGCGACGACAAGCGCAGCUACAUUCCGUGUGUUAUGGGUCAGCAAGUCACCUACGAGAGAAGAAUGCGGCACGCCAACUGUCUCAACGGCCUGGACUAUGUUCGAGUGCUCUCAAAGAAACCAUGCAGCUGCGAUGUGUUCGACUUUGAGUGCGACUUUGGGUUUAUUAGGGUGGACGACACCAUUCCCAGAUGUAUCCGAGACAAGAGCCUGGAAAACGUCGAUCCGUACGCGGUGCCAUAUCAUUUCUGCCAACCCGGCAGCUUUUACGAACGCUCUAAAGGCUAUAGGAAGAUCUCGGGCGAUAAAUGUGUGGAAGGAUUCGAGCAACACUAUUUGCCGGAUAUCCUGCCGUGUCCCUUUCAGGAAGCCGACGAUUUCCUGCUGUUCGCCUUACGGGAGAACAUCUCGCGUUACAACCUGGUGAGCAACACUCUCGAACCGCUACCCAUCAAGAACCUGAAAAACGUGAUUGCGGUGGAGUUCGACAUGAGCACCAACUGCGUGUACUGGGCGGACAUCAACUUGGACACUAUCAAUCGCCAGUGCUUCUCCAAUGGCAGCAGGGUGGAGACUUUGGUGUCGCACGACUUGGCCUCAGUGGAGGGAAUGGCACUGGACUGGAUCUCCAAGACGUUGUAUUUCGUCGAUGGCAAUCGCGUGAAGAUCGAGCUGAUUCGGACUGACAUCAAUCACAGCGGUCGCAUGAGGCGGACCAUUCUCGACAACAAGGACCUGAAGAAGCCGCGUGGCAUCGCCGUUCAUCCGCCUGCCGGUUACCUGUUUUGGACCGACUGGUCUACUGAGGAUCCAUGCAUUAAGCGCGCCAACUUGGACGGCUCCAAUGUUACCCUGCUGUUCGACAAGGAAAAAGUCGAAUGGCCCAAUGGCAUCACUGUGGAUUACGUGAGCAACCGGAUUUACUGGGUGGACGCCCGAAAGGACUAUAUCGGCAGCUCGGACUUGCAGGGCGGCGGAAUGGUCUAUGUGGUGGAGUCUACUGAUAUAGUGCCGCACCCGUUUGGCGUGGCUGUGUUCAAAAACGACAUCUACUGGGACGAUUGGAAGAAAAACGCCAUUUUCAAAAGGGACAAGGACAUGGUGGGAGGCACCACGGGCAUCCAGGUGGUGCUCGAAAAUCUGCCCGGACUCAUGGACUUGAAGGUCUUCACACACGGACUACAAACAGGACACAACGCCUGUUCCAACCUCAAGUGUUCGCACAUCUGUGUCGGCUUGCCGCACGGCUCAGUCUGUUUGUGUCCGGACGGCAUGAUAACUACCAAGGACGGAACGUGUUUGUGCCCCGGGAGCGCCGCCCCACUUGCCAACGGCACCUGCACGACCGUGGGCAACUCGUGUAGUCCCGACCACUUUGCCUGCACCAACCGGCUGUGCAUUCCCAAGGGCUGGAACUGUGACGGCGAAGACGACUGCGGCGACAACUCGGACGAGGACCGAUGCAACAUCGCCACUUGCCCGCCCAGUUUCCAUUCGUGUGGCGACGGAAAGUGUCUGCCACAUUAUUGGAAGUGUGACUACGAAACGGACUGUGUAGACGGUUCGGAUGAGGUAAACUGCCCACGCCAGAACUGCACAGAUUCUCAGUUUUCUUGCGACAACGGACGGUGCAUAUCGAAGAGCUGGCGCUGUGACGGCGAGAACGACUGUCGCGACAACACGGACGAGCGUAAUUGCGAUCCCGACCGUCCCACCCAAUGUAAGGGGGAGGACGAGUUCCAGUGCAAGUCUGGCGCAGUCACCUGCAUUCCUAGCACAUGGAAAUGUGACGGAGAACCGGAUUGCAGAGAUGGUUCCGAUGAAACAGGCUGCACGGAAAACGUGUGCAGUGAAUUCCAGUUUUCAUGUGGACCACCGCAGAAUCGCUGCAUCUUCAACACUUGGCUAUGCGACGGCGACCGAGACUGCACGGAUGGCAGAGACGAAUUGAACUGCACCACGCCGAAAACUGAAGUCACCAAAUUCCCCAACGGAUUCCUGCCUUCCCAGAACGACACAUGCCAAGAGUGGAUGUUCAAGUGCAAGAACGACCGCUGUAUUCCAUUCUGGUGGAAAUGCGACGAAGUGAACGACUGUGGGGACGGAAGCGACGAAGCCGGAUGCUCCAAAGCAGAUGUAGAAGUGCCGCAAAACGUGGUGCCCAACAAGCGACCACCGGUCACCCUUUGCAAGAACAAUCAGUUCCGAUGCAGCACGGGCCAAUGCAUUCUGUCCGCCUGGUUGUGCGACCACAGCUUCGAUUGUCCCAACGGCGAAGACGAACAGAACUGCUCAACGACUGGAAUGACGUGUCCGCAGAACCACUUCAAGUGCGCGAUCGACGGCAGCUGCAUUUCGCGCGCACUUGUGUGCAAUGGCAUUGCCAACUGUCCGGACCAAUCGGACGAAAAAUACUGCGACCAACCGCAGGUGAAUGAGCCGGCCACGCCCAGUUGCAGCCUAGGGUAUUUUCCCUGCGAUGGAGGCAGCUGCCAUCCCCUAUCAGUCAUGUGCGAUGGGCGCCCGAACUGCUUCGAUGGGUACGACGAACGGAAUUGUUCCUCAAAGUCCAUCAUUUUCCAGGUCAUGGACAUGCAAAUCAAUCUUUUCUACUCAGACGAAAACAGCUUGUGGCUCUCCUGGGGCGUAUCGCCCUUCAAGCCGGAGAUCGAACUGGAGUUCCUGCCCUCAAUUUGCCAGGUGGGGGUGAACCAGUGGCGUAACGUGACCUGGACCAACGCGACCGAGAUCAAAUUUAAGGAUUUGCUGCCUUACACUGCAUAUAACAUGACUGUUUUCGUGCGCCAGAAGGGCAAAACGACGGUCUUUCCGCCCGCCAAGUACUUUGUUGUCACCACUGAUGCCGGAAAGCCGUCUCCUCCGGUCAAUGUCAAAGCCAAACAACUGAAUGGGUCGCAGGUGUUGAUUUCUUGGGAUCCACCGGUGCAUCCCAAUGGGAUAAUUGAAAAGUACCGACUAAGCUGGACGCGACCGGAAUCCAGGCCAAUCACGCUCGCGCUGAUGGGCAAUAAAACCUCCCACCGGUUGACUGCUGAUUUCCAGGACAAGCAGUCGUACAUCUUCACCGUAUCGGCGAUGAAUAAUCAGUAUAUGAGCAACCAGUCGGCCCCGGUGAGACUGACUUUCGACGGGCAGGCUGAGUUGGGACGCGUAGCCAACAUCCACUUCGAAACGACCAGCAAUAAAUCCACUAUUAUCUCUUGGAAUUAUCAGGGGCCAGUUGAUGGCUUCAUUCUCAACAUUACUACCGAAGACUUUAGGUAUCCGCGUCUGCCCUCCUAUUCCACCCAGUUCCAGAACAUUACUCUCAAUCUGGCCCCAGGAGAAACUUACUACACUCAGAUAUUUGCGUUCCGCAAUCACCUAGUAGGCCCCGCGGUCACUUACAAAAUGGCCACCCCCGGAGCCCCAUUGCCGAGUGUUGAAAUCGUGCAAAUCGACGUGGUGAAACCGUUGGGAACUUCGGUGAAACUUUCAUGGAAACGGCCGGAGAAGGCAGGAAAAGCUGCCUGGCAAUAUGGCGUUUAUUACGGCACCACUAUGCAAGAGCUUUUAGCAGCUGUCCGUUAUCAAACGCCGCAACUCACUGCAACCGUCAACAACUUGGACGCGUGCGAGUCGUACUUUUUCGCAGUCGGCUUUGUGGAGCCCUACGGGAUUGGCCCCCUAUGGACGAACGUCAACAGUCUGCUCACCACUUCGUGGAACCCGCGAGCGCCGCCCAAAAAGUUACGCGUGCAACCCGAAGGCGCGGAUAACUUGAAAAUGGCCAUCAACUGGGAGCCAAGCUGUCUAUCCCAAGACAAAGCCGAUUACAUUGUAACCAUUAACGAAAGAGCUUCGAACAGGACCUGGCGAAUCAUGGUGAGCAAUAAACUGAGCCACAAAGUGGCUGUAGAGGCAGGGGGCGUCUACAAUGUAACAGUCUCAACCGCCACGGCAAACGCCACGCCAACCAGCCCCGUGGAAUUUGAGGCGCCGCCCAUUUAUCCGCCGUGUGAAGUGCGAGUGAUUCCCGAAGCGAACGGAAGCUUUUUCGUCUACUGGCAAGAAUCUGAGUCGAUGCCGAGAGGAAACUUCGCCUACGAGGUGCUGGUGCAGGAAGGAAACGGAUUGAACGAAGCCACUGCCGAGAAAUACACGGUGAAACAUCCGCCGUUCAUCUACACGAACAGUUUGGGAUCGACGUUUACGUUUUCCGUUCGCAUCAAGACCGAAAAGGGCUUCAGCUCGUUGCUUUCGGAAACUGUGAGCAAAUUCAUUGAGCGACCACCGGCGGGCAGCUCGAUGCUGGGCAUCAUUGUGCCCAGUCUGUUGGUACUGUUGGCCCUGGUAGGGGUGAUCGCGUUCCUGAUAAUACGCAACAGAAGGCUGCACAAUAGUUUUGUGCGUUUCGCCAACUCGCAUUACAACUCGCGCUCGGAUGCGGCCACAUUCGACGACAACAGUCUAGACGAAGAGGACAGUCCGCGGAUUGUCGGCUUUUCUGACGAUGAGCCGCUGGUGGUCGCCUAGCAGUCGGUUUAAAUUAGCUCAGUGAGAGAAGCAAAGACUUGGUCGGUUACCACGAACCAAAACCUACAAAGUAUUGUCCAUAUUCUUAUUAUGCAAAUCCUCUAUUGUAGUAAUAUAACGUUGUUAAUGUAAUGUUCGCAGUUUUUACCUUCAGGUAUUCGUAUACAGAGUAGGCGCCAUCAAUCUACCUGCAAAUUUCCGAGUAGCCGAUAGUCUCCAUUUUUUUCCUGUCAUUGUACAGUUUUUAUUUUUUAAGUCAAAUUUCUGUGAUAUCCUUGGUUAAGUUUUUUAGAGUUUGAGUAAUGGGAAUUUGACUGUGAAUUUAGUUUAAUGUGUGUACUGUAACGAUGCAUACAUAUUAUGUGUUAAUAAAUAUCUCGGUGGUACAAAUU